AUGGCUCCCGUCGACGUUAUUGCAAGUCUGAAGAGCCUGUAUACUAAACAUCGGGAUGAGCCGUCUCUGUCGGUACACACCAUCGCACUGCUCUCGGUCGCCCUUACUUUGUCCUAUGUAGUGCCUCUCUAUUUGUCGCCGACCACGCGGCCAUCUCCCAACCUUAGCCGGGAUGCUCCAUCGGUGAUUCGCGCGCGGAUUCGCGCUGUCACGGCCUCUUGUAUCCUAACUUCGGUGGCUGUACUUUGGCUCACUGUCAGCCAGGGGAAUCAUUCCCUUGGUUCGGCUAUCACCUUAAUGGGCUGGUGGCCCAUCAGUGUGAGCGACAUUGCCCGCAGCUUGCUCCUGACGGCCAUUUUAUUCAUUGGCCCGCUUUUUGAGCGAGGGAUCGUGGAGAGUGAAUGGCGAUCCUGGUUUCGUCUCAGUAAACUCUCCGAAAGCCUAAGUGGCUGGAUUGGAUGGAGAAAUUACAUUGCUGGCCCCGUCACUGAGGAAAUCAUGUUCCGCUCGGGCAUCAUCCCUUUGCACCUGCUGGCUCAUGUCUCCCCAGGAUACAUUGUGUUUGUCUCGCCGCUGUACUUUGGAAUUGCGCAUGUCCACCAUUUCUAUGAGUUCCGUCUUACUCACCCGGACACCCCGGCGCUGGCCGCUCUACUACGCUCUCUCUUCCAGUUCGGCUUCACCACCGUCUUUGGAUGGUACGCCACUUUCGUCUAUCUGCGUACAUCUUCUUUGCUGGCUGUUAUCCUGAUCCACAGCUUCUGCAAUUGGUGCGGCUUGCCACGCGUCUGGGGUCGCGUGGAGGCUGGUGAACCUCUUGGUCCCCCGAUAACCCGCGGUAAAGAAGAUUCGGACGGUCGCUUUACGAGAGUUGGCGAUGAUCAAUUGAGCAUUGGUUGGACCAUUGCCUACUAUCUGCUCUUGGUCGCGGGUGCCGUGGCUUUUGCGCAAUGCCUUUGGCCUUUGACCGACUCGUAUCACGCUUUAGUUUCGUUCUCAUCUACGACAUCCUCGAAAUAA